AUGGACAAUGUGCCACAGAAGCGCCCUCAGGAGCAUGCCGACGCGCAGUCUGUCUCGUCACGCCCGAUAACUCUACCCAAGCGCCCGCGCAGCGACAAUUCUGCUCAGCACAUUGUGACGAGUAAUGGCGGGCGCGAACUUUCUGCUUCCUCCGCGGUGAAUGCCCGCAAAGAUUCCUCCGCAGCCCACCACAGCGGCGACGACGACGAGGACGACGAUGAUUACACAUCCUCGUCUGGCUCGUCCUUAACCUCUUCCGACGACGAUGACGACGACGACAACAACGACGCCCAGAGUGAAACUGCUGGGGAUUCAAAUAACGUCCUGACUAGCGACAACGAAGGAAUCACAUCCUUGUCGGCGCAACGAAAACCCAAUAUUCGUCGCAUUGACCAAGAACCCAGUCUUCUCAGCAAGUUAUCUGCGUUUCUGCCUGAGAUGAAAACGGCCAAUGAGGAUCUAGAGAGGGAAAUAGCUGCUGGGCGUGCACAGGAUAUACGGCUUGACGAGGAUGAUGAAAAUGAAGCUCAAGGUGGUGGUCAAUACAUUGAAAUGAACCUGGGACUUGGUGUUUUAGAAGAAAAACGCCCAGGUGAUGAGCCCACCUCCGGCGACGAAGAGAAAGAUUCCGAACCCCACGGACACUCUGAUACGAAUUUGAUGGAUCGCUUGAUGGGUAAGGAAAAGACAUCAUCGUCAGAGAAACCAUCGAUUCAAGAUCUCGGUAAUUGA